UGCCGUGUUUAGGCUGCCGUAAAGCCCCAGAAAGAAGAGGAGACUGGCGACUGCAUUGUUUGGGCGAGUUUUCUCUCUCGGUCAGUUUCUAAAUUGCUGUCCCUCUGACCGCUAAACGUCCUAAUUAAACUCUUACGGAGCAUCAUGGACUCACACACAGUGUUCAGUAACAGACACGGAGGUGAAGACUCAGUUCUUUGAGAACUUUGAGAGGCGGCUGCGUUUGUUUACAGUGAAUCAGCUGAUGAGUUUCCUGCUUGGACAGCAGCAGCAACAACAGCAGCUUUUUUGCCAACAUCACUGCUCAAAAACCGCAGAUAUCCCAGCCCGACGACACUCAGACGAAUGUGCCAUUACAGUGAAUGAAGAAGGUCUAAUUGCUGUGGGAGAAGAUGCCGUGUACAUGUGGGAACUGGAGGAGGUGGAUCCGGCCUCUCGUGGUUCUCCUCUAUAUUUUGCUCCUUCUGGUGGUCCUCCCUCUGUGUAUAUGGGAGCUACAGAAAUCAGAGGUUGGCACCCACAACAAAGCAUGGUUCAUCGCAGGCAUUUUUGUCUUUAUGACAAUACCAAUAUCACUGUGGGGAAUUCUUCAGCAUCUGGUCCAUUACACCCAGCCUGAAUUACAGAAGCCCAUUAUUAGGAUAUUGUGGAUGGUUCCUAUAUAUAGCUUGGAUAGUUGGAUAGCACUGAAGUACCCCGGCAUCGCUAUCUAUGUAGACACUUGCAGGGAGUGUUAUGAGGCCUAUGUCAUCUACAACUUCAUGAUCUUCCUGCUGAACUACUUGGGGAAGCAGUAUCCCAGUCUAGUUCUGAUGCUGGAGGUUCAGGAGCAGCAGAAACACCUUCCACCGCUCUGCUGCUGCCCGCCCUGGCCAAUGGGAGAGGUGCUGUUGCUGAGAUGUAAGCUGGGUGUUCUGCAGUAUACUGUUGUGAGGCCCGUCACCACAGUCAUUGCUUUAAUCUGUCAGCUUUGCGGGGUCUACGACGAAGGAAAUUUCAGUUCCAAAAAUGCCUGGACCUACCUGGUGAUUGUGAACAAUCUCUCCCAGCUUUUUGCCAUGUACUGUCUGGUGCUGUUCUACAAGGCUUUGAGAGAAGAGCUGAGUCCUAUCAAGCCUGUGGGCAAAUUCCUCUGUGUCAAACUUGUCGUGUUUGUGUCAUUCUGGCAGGCUGUGGUCAUCGCGUUGUUGGUGAAGGUCGGAGUGAUUUCAGACUCUCAUACCUGGGACUGGGACAGCGUGGAGGCUGUGGCCACCGGACUGCAGGAUUUUAUAAUCUGUGUAGAGAUGUUCCUGGCAGCCAUUGCCCACCACUACAGCUUCACCUACAAGCCUUACAUCCGGGAAGCCGAGGAAGGCUCCUGCUUCGACUCUUUCCUGGCUAUGUGGGAUAUCUCGGACAUCCGGGCUGACAUCUCUGAGCAAGUGCGCAAUGUUGGGAGAACAGUUAUGGGCCGGCCGAGGAAGAACUAUUUUGGUGAGGAAGCAGAGCAGGAUGAGCACACCGGGCUGCUUUCAGAUCCUGCCCUCGAGUCCUCGUCCACACCCCCGUCGCCAACGGGACGCUACCAGGGCCUGGGCCGCACCGUCACACCCCACUCGCGCUCCGCCCCUGCUGAACUGUGCUCCACGCCGUGGGAUGGAGAUGUGGAUGACAUCACACCCAGUGUGUUGUCAGGUGACCCUAACAAACAGCUGCGCACAGACUACGCUGCAAUCACUUAGCCUGGCUUUCACUUAAGCUACCAAAGCCAAUGCAGGUAACUCACAUGAACCUAAAUGAGUGUUAUCUGCUGUUUCAAAUGUGCGAUUAAUCUGUGCCCCAGAAGCUAAUAUUCACUGGUUACUUGCAUUUAAAAUGUAUGGCCAAAGGGGGUUUGGCGAAGCUUUGGUAGCUAGGGCAUAUUUGGGAUUUUUGUUGGCCACCGUUCAGGCUAGGUCAUCUGUUUUUAUCAUGCCCUUUAAGUUUUUUGCUGACCAAAAUAAAGAGGGCAGAAGACAAAGCACACUGUAGUCGUAGUGCAGCAAUAUCAAAUUUUCUCCACAACCCCUGCCUGAUCCUACUAGACAGCUGUAUGAAUGUUAAAUGUGAAUGGUCUACAAUUUGAGACAACAAUAGCACAUUCUACCUUCUGUUCAGAAAAGCUCAUUUACAUUUUUAAGUUGUCUUUUGUUUUAAAUUAGUAAAUCACUUGAUGCUCUUGUGACAUUAUUGUUAUGGUCACAGUUCAUCUGUUGAUUAAGACACUAGUGAUGAUUUCACUCGUGGCCCAAAUCGGUACUGACCGCUUGCAGAGGUUGUUUUGAGAGAAGAACUGACGGUGACUCAGAAUGAACUGUGUGCAUUAUCAAUGCUAAGGAUGCAUUUUUUGACAUCAACAUGCAGUUAUACUAGGGGCACCCAAACGUUUGCAUACAACUGUACUUCCAUCUUAAAAGGAUAUUCCAGCAUUUUACAGUUUUAUUCAUUUUAUUAUGAAUAGUGAUGUUUUAUUGAGGGCUAUGUUUCAGCCAGUAUAGGAUGAGAGUCACUUUCCAUCUAAUAUAAGCUUGCAUGUGUAUUUUAUCUGAACACAUAAAAAUGGACUGAAAGAGACCAGAAAUAACUUUUUUUUAUUAAUGCACAAAGCAUGGGCUAUCCCUUUUAUAUAAAGUGUGUGCCUGACUGAUUGUACACUUCAUCAGUUUACUUUGGUCCUGACUGGGUUAUGCUGUUUUAUGUAGAAGUUCAUUUAAAAUGUCUCUUUUUCUCUUCUGAACUGACAUUUUAAGAUUAUUUUAUAAGUUAUUGUACGAAUAUUAAGGUAAUUUUUAUCAACCAAAGGCACACUUCAUGAUGUUCAUGAAAUCUGUCUAAAUUUCAGGUCUUGAUUUAUUUUGUAUGUUUUCAUAAUGCCUGAUGCAGACCAUUAACCCAUCCUAAUAUCUGAUCAGCUGUCUAUACCUGCAAAGAUGUUUCUUAAUUCUCUUUUUAUUUGUUUACCUCCAUAUUUCUGCUGUUAUAGCUCUGUCGAAGAUGCUUCUAUAUGUCACAAAUCAAUAAAUGUAAGAGGGGAGUCUGUAA